AUGAAAAACAAAGGUCAAUAAUAAUAUACAUUGGCAGUAAAGAAUGGAUCUUUAAUGAAUCCAGAACGAUAAACAAUUAAUGGUUUGAUUGAUUUGAUUAAAUUGAAAAGUCAACCAAAAAUAAUUUACUAUUUUGAUUUCUUAGUAUGUAUAGAUUAAUCAGGAAAUCCCUUUAUUUUUUAUCAUGAUAAAAAUAGAUAUAUAAAUAUACCUACAAUUAGUCCAGCUUAAUUGAUAUCAUAUAUAGAUAAUAAAGGAGGUUAAUUAGCAAUAGCUUUGUAAAAUAAAACUAUUCAAAUAGUUUCUUGUUAAAGUAUAUAUCUAAAUUAACAAUUAAGAUGGAAGAAAUUUAAAAACACUUAAAGGUCAUGAACAUAACAUAUUAAGUUUGCAUACAAAUCAUACAUAAAAUCUUUUACUAUCAAUGAGUUAAGAUUAAUGUAUUUUACAUUCAUUAGAUUCAUUUGACAAAGUUCAUUCAUUGUUUUCUAAAGGUAGUAUAUUUGUAGGAGCAAGUUUUUUACCUUCUUCAACUGAAUUAGCAACUGUUAUGGCAGAUAAAUCAUUAUAAAUUUGGAAUUUAUCAUCAUUUGAAAUAAUAAGUAGAAUCUAAUUACCUGAAUAAUUUAAUAUUAAAUAAUGUUAAAUGAUCCCAUCAAUUGAUGGAUAAAGAUUGAUAAUUAAUUGUUAUUCUAAUAAAAUUUAUAUCUUAGAUAAUUAAAAUAAUUUAAUAUCUUAAGAUAUAAAUUAAGGAUAUGGUAAUGGUGUAUUAGUAGUUAAGCCAAUUAAAAAAUAAUAAAUAUUAAUGCUUACUAAAAAUUUCAUGAUUAUUUAAAUAGAUAGUAAUGGUAAUCUGAUAAAAUGUAUUGAAAUAUUAUAAGGAAAAACACCUACUCACUUUGAUGUUUAUCAAAAUAAGAUUGCUAUUAUUUUAAAUACUGGAGAAAUUGCUUUAUAUGAUCUUAAUAAAUUAAAUAAAUAGAAUUAGAAUCUUAAUUCAACUAUUGGUGUCAAUGUUAGUACUAUGAUUAAAGAAAAUUAUGCAGAUACUCUUAAUUUUAAUAAUACAACUACAAAUAUUGAUAUUAAGAAAGUUGGAAAUUAUACUAAUACUUUGUAAGGAUCCUUUUCUUAAUCUAUUGUAAGUAAAAAGAACAACAGUAAAUCUAAUAGUAUGAGUUAACCAAUUAAUUCUCAUACUUUAGGAAAAAUUUAUAAGAAUACUGAAGAUCCAUUGAAAGAACUCUUAAAUUAUUAAAAAUUACAAUAAUUCUUAAAGUAAUAUCAUGUUUUUCCAGAUGAUAAAAGAAGUUUAAUAUGGAGAUCUUUACUUAAUUUACCAAUGAAUUAAGAAGCUUAUAAUAAUUUAAUUAAUUAAGGAAUUCAUCCAGCCUAUUAAAAAUUAGCUGAUCAAUAUCCAUUAUAAAGUGAAUCAAUGUUUUCAAGAUUACAAAGAACUUUAUCUUGUUUAGCAUACUAUUGUCCUUUAUUUGCUGAGAUUGAUUAUUUACCAUAAUUAGUAUUUCCAUUUGUUAAAUUGUUUAAAAGAGGAGAAGAAUUAUUAAUAUUUGAAGUGACACUCUCUCUAUUGAUAUAACAUUGUCAAAGAUAUUUUGAGAAUUUCCCUAAUGCUCCAGUCUCUUUAUUAUAAUUCCAUGAUCAAGUAUUUAACUAAAUAGAUCCUCAAUUAUAUUAACAUAUGAAAUAAUAUUUAGGAUAUUCACCAAUUAAAUAUGCUUGGCCUUCUAUAAGGUAAUUAUAUACUAAUCUAUUGACUAAGAAUUAAUGGAUGUAAUUAAUAGAUCAUUUGAUAUUGUAUAAUGAUUUACCAUAAAUGAUUGUAUUGUUCAUGGUUGAAUAUUUUAUUUAUUUUAAAAGUACUAUUAUGAAAAUGAAUGAUUAAGAUUAAUUAGAUCUCUUUUUUGGUAGAAGUAAUACAGUUGAAAUUGAUAAACUAAUUGAGAGUACAAUAAAUCUUAGUAAAUCAUUAGAUAUGGAUUAAUAUUAGAUUAAUUUUCAAUUUCUAUUACCUUUACAAAAAGAUUAAUAUUAACUUUUUAGUAUUUAUCCAAAAGGGAGUGUAUAAUAUUAAGCAAGAGUAAGAGAAUAAUUAUAAGAAGAUGAAUAAAGAUUGAUAUAAAAACAAUAACAAAUCUAAAGACUUUAAUAAAUGGCUUAAUAGAUGGAGUAAUUGGAUUAAUUGUUUUAGGAAAAAUAACUUUUAACUAUGUAAGCUGAAAAAGAUAGAUAAGAAAUGUUUGAUUAUUAGGUUGAAAUGAGAGCCCAAAAAUAAUUUUAAUAAGAUCAAUAAGUUAGAUAAUAAAGAAUUAAGUAAUUAGAAAAUUUAGAGAAGAAUAUGAAUUAAGCAGUUUAAAAAUAAUUAGAUUUGUAAUAAUAAGAAUAGGAAUAUUUAAAUAAAUAAUUCAGAAAAACUUAAUUGGCUGACAAUUUUAGGAUUGUAUCCUUAUAAGAAGAGGAAGCUUUACAAAAUUUAGAGUAUCAAAUAUUUAGUAAAUUUCAACAAUAAAUGGAAUAAAGAUCUAAGUAAGAGAAUUAGAGAAAGAUUUAAUCAUAAUUAGAAUUUAGAUAAAAAGAAAAAGAAUUAUUAGAUUAAAUUAAAUAAGAAUAAUGGAAAAUGGAUUCUUAAUAAUAAUAAAUAAAAGUUGAAUAAUUGAAAUAAUUAAGAAUGUAAUAAAUACAAGAAUUAGAAAAUGAAGCUUAAUUAGAGGAAGUUGAAUAUUAAGAGAGAAUAUAAUAAUUUCAAUAAGAUUUAAAAAUGAUUUAAUUAGAAAGAGAAAAAAAGUUAAGAGAUUAAUUAUUUUAAGAAUAAAUAAAUAAAGAAGAGUUAUAAUUGAGAGAUAAAAAAUAAGUUGAAGAUAAAAAAAGAUAAAGUAGUAUUUAGAGAAGAUAAUAAUUUGAAUAAGAGAUGGAGAGAAUAGCUAAAUAACACUAAGACAAAUUAAGAAUUUAAGAAUAGUAAUUAAUGGAAUAAUAUAAAAAAUCAUAGAGUUUUUCAAAUUAAUAAUAUUAACCAAACUACUAUUAAAAUAGUAAUUAUUAAAACAAUUUCGAAUAAAGUUCAGGUGAUAUUAGAGAACCAAUGACUAGUUAAAAAUUAUCAAGUGCAUUGUAUGAUUUUCAAUCUAGUCAGAAAUAGUAAUAAUUUUCACCUUCAAUGUUGGUUGAAGAUGAAAGAGAAAAGAUAAACUAACUAAGAAAUUAAUUAAGAGAUGAAAUGUAGAAUAUAAGAGAAAGAGAACAUGAUGAACAAUUAUAAUCUAUGUUAAGAGAAAGGGAAUAGGAAAUAUUUAAAAGAACUUAGUAAAUACGAGAUUAAAUCAAUUAAGAAGUUGAAAAUAAAAAUAAUUCAAGUAUAAAUUAUUAUUAUCUAUAUUAGCAUAUAAUACAGGAUAAUUCUAGAAAUAAUAAUAUUAUAGUCCAGGAUCAUCAUCACAAUUUUCACUUUAUAAACCAUAAUAAGAGGUCGAUAUAGAACCAAGGGACUUAUCAGAAUCUUAGUUAACAUAUAGUAGUGGAUUCACUUCUCCAGGUUAACGUUAUUGA